AUGGUCACCAGUCAAGAGAUCCAGCAGUUAGGUGGGGUCAACCAGAAGAGAGCUGAAGUAGAAUGGGCAGUGUCAGAUCUUCAGCGGGACAAGGAGGAUCGGGAUGCCGAGGCCUCAGGCAAAAUGUUCAAGCCAGCAGCACUCGCUGGGGCACUCUUCUUUUCCGUGCGAUCUCACCAAAACCCAACAACAAUCCAAGAAGAUCCUUCAUGGGACACACUGAAACAAGCACAAGAUGCCAUUGGAUGGCAUCAUCUGUUAAAGGGGAGAAUCUCUAAACAAUUCAGUCAGGAACAAGACCGAUAUUUGAACAUGAAAAAGACCGCAACCAAACGCAACAAUGGACUCACAUGGCUCACUGGACUCAUUGACAUUAUCUAUAAAGAAUGGUGGAAACUCUGGGACAUGCGCAACCAAGACAGACAUGGGCACGACAUGAGAACCAAGUCACAAGCAAAGAAAGCACAAGCAAUCCGACAACUCACUCAGUUCUACGAAGCAUACCAGCAAGAAGUCCCCGAACAUUUGGAAUGGCUAUUCCAGAUACCACUCGAAUCGCGCAUGCAACUGAAUACACCAGUCAUCAUUCAAUUUUUGAACACAUGGGAACCUGUGUUACAAGAGAGUCACUACACCACAGCCCUGGAAACAGGAUAG